GCCGGGGAGUGGUGGCGCCGGAGGGGGCGGGGGAGAGGGCAGUGGGGACGCUCGCGAGCCGGCUGGUGCAGAAGGCCGCCCCUGUGAUCCGCUUGCCAGCUGCUGCCUCCACCGCCUCCUGCGCCCCUCCCCCAGCCCGUGGUGUCUGCGCCGCGCUCUGCCAUGGCCCCGUCCUCUCGGCCCAGCAAGAGCCGGCCCAGCCGGGAGGAGGAGGAUUUCUGUGACGCGAGAGGGGGGGACAGGAAGGCCAGGAAGCCGCUGGUGGAGAAGAAGCGGCGAGCGCGGAUUAACGAGAGCCUGCAGGAACUGCGGCUCAUCCUGGCCGACACGGAGUUUCAGGCGAAGAUGGAGAACGCCGAGGUGCUGGAGCUGACCGUGAAGCGGGUGCAGGGCGUGCUGCAGAGCCGGUCCCUCGAAAGUGACAAGCUGCACCGGGAGGCCAGCGAGCGGUUUGCAGCUGGGUACAUUCAGUGCAUGCACGAAGUCCAUACCUUCGUCUCCAACUGCCCGGGGAUUGAUUCCACUGUUGCUGCCGAGCUGCUGAACCACCUGCUGGAGUCCAUGCCUCUCAACGAAGGCAGUUUCCAGGACUUGAUCGCGGAUGUUUUGUCAGAACCCUCCAUCACCUCGUGGCCUGGCAGUGAGGGGCUCUCCCAACCAGCGGGGGUGUCCCCUGCUGCUCUGAGCUUAGCCAGCCCUACUUCAGCUCUUCUAUCCCCUUCCUCCAGUGAAGAGACCUGCUCUGAUCUGGAAGAGACAGAGGCUGAGCAAAGCCCGGCCUCCCCAGCUGGACUGGACAGUUCCAGGACACACAAUGUGCCUUCACCUAGCUUUUCCAAAUCUAUGUGGAGACCUUGGUAAAUAAAGAAACUGCACAGGAAUCAACAAAGAUCUACCUAAUAAUGGGAGAAUACGUGAGCACUGUGUUCUCCUUACAGCCAUUGGAAUGGACAGUGGGGCUUUCAGAUGGUGCAUUUGUGUCUAACGUUACUGUAUUUCAGGACUGCAUAGAUGGCACUCUUACACUGUCAGACCCUGACAGGUUAAUUGUUAAAUGUGUUAACAUUUCAUCUAUUUGUGUGUGAGAUGUUUUGUAACUCUUGGUUUGUUUAGGAGAGUUUGGGGUGUGAGGGUGGGGAGGGAGGAAAGGGGAUUUUUUGUAGCAAAGCUCUUUGGUGGAUGCACAGCAGUAUUUCACAGCCUUGUCUUUCUCUUGGCCCUUAUAAAUGGCCCAAAUAUCACUCCUUUUCUAUUAAGAAAAAGCCCUUGUGCAUUUUAUAUCUUGGUGGUUAACUCAAUGAGAGGUAUAUGACUUAAAUGUGCAUGCACAAUUUUAAGUGUUAUAGUGAUAGUAAAGAUCCCUGAAAGGGAUUGGUGUGGUUAGUAUCUUUAUUAUUUAGUGGUCUAGAAUCUUGCCUUCAGUGAAGGAAGAGUAAACUAGAGAUCAGUUGGAAUUAGACAAACAUUUAAAAUAUUGGUGGCAGGGUGCCUUUUAGAAAUGAGUGUUUUCUGCACAUUUUGCUUUUAGCACAUCUGAGUUUAUUGUGACGUUAUGUAUAUUAGGGUGUCAAAUGUUUUAUUUUUAAUCUUUUUAAUAAAAAAUAUUGAAUUCACAAAUGAUUGCAUGUAUUUUGGAGUGUGAUACACUUCUAACCACUUUAACAUUAAAAAUCCAGUUCCAUAUUGUUUGCUAUUAACAAAUUUGUAACUGUUUUGGACACAAUGCUGGUAAUUUAGCACUUAAUUCUUGUACUAAGCAUUGUUAGCUCAAGUAUUGGAAUUUGAAUGUUUCUUUUGUUUAAUACUGAAAGAUGCUUAAGAUAUUGAAGGGAGCAAUGUAGUUGUGUUGUAGGUUGACUUUAGAACACUAAAAUUCCUGGGCAUGGUUACAUGAAUGCCAUUCUAAAGAAACUACUCUUAACUUGAUUUCCCCAAGUAAGUCUCUUUUUGUAAAGCUGUAGUUAUAAUUUAAGUACUAGGCAGAUGCUUUACUUGUGGCUUAACUUUACCUGUACAUUUUUUCUGCUGAGGAAUGACAGGUGUUGAAAAGAAGUUUGUGAAAUAGAUUUGAAAAUUUUCUUCAAAAAGGAAAUAUUUCCAGUGACCGCUGGAGCAUCAACAUUCCUGUAUACAAGGUGAUACACCUCAAUGUUCCUAUUUUUGGAAGAUAUAGGCUAUUUAUGCUGUGAUAUUACCUUUCACAGAGCUGUCAUUGUAACAGGAAAAGUAUUGUGAAGUUGCUUCCUUAGUACAUGAAGGUAUUUGAGCAUAGAACCAGCUAGGAGAGGAAGCAAAAUAAGUACAUGGGGACUAAGACAUGUAACUUUCCUUUGUUAAUGACCCUAUGGAACAAUAAAAUCAGAUACCUAAA